AUGGUCGUGGUCAAAGCCUCGGCCCUCUUUUUGGGCCUUGCGUCCCUAAUUCUUCCUGUCAGCGGUCAAGCUGUCAAUGACGUGGCUGAUGCCUUCGACUUGACUCAGGUCUCCCUUACUGAUAGUCGAUGGAUGGACAACCAGAACCGAACAUUGAACUAUCUUCUGUCGGUUGAUCCCGAUCGCCUACUCUACGUCUUCCGGAAGAACCACGGUCUCGACACAAAGGGUGCACAGACAAAUGGUGGCUGGGAUGCACCCGAUUUUCCCUUUCGCAGCCAUGUCCAGGGCCAUUUCCUUACAGCCUGGACACAGUGCUACGCUUCCGCUGGCGUCAAAGAAUGCGGCUCUCGAGCUACAUACUUUGUCCAGGAGCUCGCCAAAUGUCAAGCCAACAACGCAAAGGCUGGCUUCAACAAAGGAUAUCUCUCUGGCUUCCCGGAAAGUGACAUUUCUAAAGUAGAGGACCGGACGCUCAGCAACGGAAAUGUCCCUUACUAUGCUAUCCACAAGACCCUAGCUGGACUUCUGGACGUUUACCGCCGGAUGAAUGACCAGACCGCCAAAGACACCAUGCUCUCACUCGCCAGCUGGGUCGAUACACGCACCUCGAAGUUGAGCUACAACCAGAUGCAGAGCAUGUUGCAGACUGAGUUCGGUGGAAUGAACGAAGUCCUCGCCGAUAUCGCUUUUUAUACCAAGGAUUCAAAGUGGCUCAAGGUUGCUCAGCGUUUCGACCAUGCUGUCGCUUUCGAUCCUCUGCAGCAGAACACAGACAAACUCUCUGGCCUGCACGCCAACACCCAGCUUCCAAAGUGGAUUGGCGCUCUUCGUGAGUAUAAGGUAGGUGGUGAUAAGAAGUACCUCGACAUUGGUCGAAAUGCUUUCAAUAUGGUCGUCAACCGGCAUUCUUACGCCAUUGGUGGAAACAGUCAGGCCGAGCACUUCCGAGCUCCUGAUGCGAUUGCUGGGUUCCUCACUGAUGAUACUUGUGAAGCUUGCAACAGUUACAACAUGCUGAAGCUCACUCGCGAGCUUUGGGCCUUGAACCCAACUGACGCCUCAUACUUUGACUUCUACGAGAAGGCGCUCUUGAACCAUCUGCUUGGUCAGCAGAACCCCAGCAGUGAUCACGGACAUGUCACAUACUUCACACCCCUCAAGGCCGGUGGCCGUCGUGGAGUCGGUCCUGCUUGGGGUGGUGGUACCUGGAGCACUGAUUACAACUCUUUCUGGUGCUGUCAAGGGACAGGAGUUGAGACCAACACCAAACUCAUGGACUCGAUCUACUUUCACACUUCUGAUACACUCUACGUCAACCUAUUCACUCCUUCGAAGCUCAAUUGGUCCCAGAAGAAGGUUUCUGUCACCCAGACGACUGAAUUUCCUGAGAGCGACACAUCAACAUUCAGGAUCUCUGGUGAUACUAGCGAAUGGACUCUCGCAGUCCGUAUCCCAUCUUGGACCUCUAAAGCCUCCAUCAAGGUCAACGGUCAAGCUGCGGAUGUGGCCAUCCAGUCCGGCAAGUACGCUCUGAUCAAGAGACAGUGGAAGUCUGGAGAUACCGUCACAGUCCAACUCCCCAUGAGCCUCCACACUGUUGCCGCCAAUGACGAUCAGACUUUGGGUGCGAUUGCUUUCGGUCCUGUCAUUCUGGCCGGUAACUAUGGGCAGUCCACUCUGAAUGGCAACCCUACGAUUGACCUGGCAAGUAUCAAGCGAAAGAGUAACACUGGUCUGACAUUUGGAGCUACCUCUGGUGGAAAGGCUGUCGAGUUGGGUCCUUUCUAUGAUGCUCAGGGAUUCAACUAUGCUGUUUACUGGAAGUUGAGUGGAAAGCUUUCAGGCUGA